CUUCAACCCGUGUCAUCCAUUUUUCGUCAUUACACACCAUCCCAUACACAGACGCUCCACCCUGCCUCCUCCUGCUUGCUUACCACAAUGUCUGCUCUGCGUAGUGUUCAGGUCCUGGGCAAGGACGUGUUCAUCGUGGCUGCCCAGCGUACGGCCUGCGGCAGCUUCGGUGGCACCCUGAAGGGCGUCUCUGCCACGGAUCUCGCCGUGCACUCCUCCAAGGCCGCCAUCGCCGCCGCCAACAUCAACCCAGAGCUCAUCGAGUCUGCCGUCUUCGGCAACGUGCAGCAAACGUCUGCGGAUGCCAGCUACCUUGCCCGCCAUGUUGCCCUCAAGGCCGGCGCCCCGAUCCCCGCCCCUGCCCUCACCGUGAACCGUCUCUGCGGCUCUGGCUUUGAGGCCGUCGUUCAGGCCGGCAAGGACAUUCUCCUCGGCGAAGCCGGCCUCGUCCUGGCUGGCGGCACGGAGUCCAUGUCCCAGGCGCCCUAUGCCGUGCGCGAUGUCCGUUUCGGCACUCGCCUUGGCACAGACAUCAAGAUGGAGGACACCCUCUGGGCCGGUCUCACCGACCAGUACUGCAAGACCCCGAUGGGCGUGACUGCAGAGAACCUUGCUGAGCAGUACGACAUCACCCGCGAGGACAGCGACAAAUUUGCCCUCUCCAGCCAGCAAAAGUGGAAGACUGCGCACGAUGCCGGUGUGUUUGACGCCGAGAUCUCGCCCAUUGAGGUGAAGGCUGGGCGCAAGACGAAGACGCUCGCAGCGGACGAGUACCCGCGCCCCCAGACCACGCUGGAGGACCUGGCCAAGCUGCCAACCGUCUUCAAGAAGGACGGGGUCGUCACGGCAGGUUCUGCCUCUGGCAUCUGCGAUGGCGCUGCGUCGCUCAUUGUCGCCGAUGCCGACACCGUCAAGCAGCACAACCUCAAGCCCCUCGCCCGUAUUGUCGGCUGGUCUGUCGCCGGCGUCGAGCCCACGGUGAUGGGCAUUGGCCCCGUCCCCGCGGUGCAGAACUUGCUGUCCAAGGCCGGUAAGACCAUCCACGACAUCGACCAGGUGGAGGUGAAUGAGGCGUUUGGUGCACAGUGCCUUGCUGUCGCAAAGGCCCUCGACAUUGACCUCAGCAAGCUGAACAUCCACGGCGGUGCAAUUGCGCUUGGCCAUCCCCUCGGCAUGUCUGGUGCACGCAUCCUGACGCACCUCGCCCACUGCCUUUCCAAGGGCGUCUCCAAGACCGCCAUCGGGUCUGCCUGCAUCGGCGGCGGUCAGGGCAUUGCCGUUCUCCUCGAGGCCGCGUGAGCAGAGCACGGCUCGCACUUGCUCGGUGCUGCUGACUCGCCUGGAUGUAACGUGGCGCGAUGAUGUGAUGAUGUGGUUUUUGCUGUGAUUUUUGAUGCUUGAGCCUGACCCCUCUGGAAUGCCAUGGGUCAUCAUGUCACCAUUUCCGUCGCUGUAACACUUUCAUUAUCGCCUUCACCGCUUUCCUGCUGUCACCCAUGCAAGUCGUCGGCACCCUGCUUUCCUGCGAUGCUUUUCACCCUCUCUCGUGGACGCGCCUUUCUUCAACCAACGCGUUCUCUCUUCGCCCAGGGCUUGUUUCCCACUCCACCAAUACACGCCUCAACCACG